AUGGCACCGUCUUGGUUUGUUGCGCAUCUAGUGGCUUGCGGUAUUCUCUCUUCCGUUCAAGCUCUCCAACUGCCAAAUUAUGUCGGGUUGAAGACGUCGCAGAACAAUAGCAUUCUCGAUAUCACAUUCCACAAUCCGAACUCGACUCUGAACUUCUGGAAUCAAGACACCACGAACGGGUUGACUGAUAUCGUAGCGAAGCUUCAAAAGGACAAUGAGACCAAAGUCGUUGUCUUUCGGAGCGACGUCCCAAGAUAUUGGAUAGGUCACCUCGAUCUAACAAUGCCUGACCUCACGGAGACGUGGCCAAGUUACGCCGAGCUUAUUUAUAAUAUCUCUGCGCUACCGCAAGUUACCAUCGGCGCUGUAGAGGGCAGGGCGCGGGGUAUUGGAAAUGAAUUCCUUGUUUCGCUCGACAUGCGCUUUGCAACCAAAAAUGAUACUCUGAUCGGACAACCAGAGGUUGGCAGUGGACUCAUUCCAGGCGGAGGAGGAAGUCAGUUUCUUCCAGGACUGAUCGGACGAGGGCUAGCAAUGGAAUAUAUCCUGAGUGCGAAAGAUAUAAGCGCUUCCGAAGCAGAGAAAAUUGGCUGGAUAAACAAGGCUUUCGACACGUCGGCCGAGAUGAACACCUACAUCGACGGUCUUACUUCACGCCUGCGACUGUUUCCUCAGCAAGCGCUAGCGAGUGCUAAGAAGUCGAUCAAUCGGCGGACAGCACCAAAGCUAGAGGAUAUUCAACCUGACGCAUCAGCUUUCGUCAAGCGUCUUGAGGAUCCAGUUGUGCAAGCAUUGAGUGCCAAGACAGCAGCUGUGUACCAGAAGUCUUCAGCCUUCGAAAUCGAGCUUGAUCUAGGCAAUUCGCUACUGCAGUUAUACCAAUAG